AUAUUAGGUAUUAGACUCCCACAUAAUCACAGGUUUGCUUUUAGUUACCAUUUUCUGAUAAAAUAACUGCAUGCAUAGGCGCCCCAAAAAGUCGAGCUACCUCUUUUGAAAAUCAUCUCUUCUCAAUGGAUCCUCCAUCAACCAUUAUUACCAAUCCACUCCUUAUUUUCACCUAACCAUAUAUUUACACACUAAUUAUUUUUUUAAAUGAGUUAAAUGAAUCAAAACUAAUUAAUGAUAAAAAAAACCUUUCCUAUAUAUAAGAAACACUCCCACUUUCUCUCACAAUCCCAUAACACUCACAUCACCAUGGCUUUUUCUACUAGCUCAUGCAUCUUCCUUCUAACACUUGUUCUUUUCUCAACCCAAAUCAGUGCAAGAGACAGUUACUCCUUUGGUAAGUUCCAAAGAGAAAUCCCCACAGACCAAAACCCUAACAGUCUUGUCCCUAACCAAACCAACGAGAAGAAAGAGCAAGAUGACCAGAACCCUGCCUUUAUCCCCCAGUCCGAAAACGGGUAUGGCUUGUACGGUCACGAGACAACCUACAACAACAAUGAAGAGCUGAACAAUAACAAGGACGGUGAGAAAGUUAAUUACGACGACUCUUUCUCUACCCCAAGCCUAAGCGAAACGGAUCAAACCCACGAAUCUUACAAGAACUACAAAGAGAGCUAUCCUAAGACGACCGAGAUUUACGACGACAACAAGGACACGAUCUACUACGGAAACCCCGAUACUUACGGGACGGAUAAGAGAGAGAAGGAGGCGUACAAGGGUUAUGGCAACAAGGACACAAGCUACUAUGGAAACUCCAAUACUUACGGAACGGAUAAGAGAGAGAAGGAGGCGUACAAGGGUUAUGGUAACAAGGACACAAGCUACUAUGGAAACUCCAAUACUUACGGGGCGGAGAAGGGAGAGAAGGAGGCGUACAAGGGUUAUAGCAAUAACGUAGAGAGACAAGGGAUGAGCGACACGAGGUAUAUGGCGAAUGGUAAAUACUACUACGACCUUGACGACGACAGAAACCACGGCAGCUACUACCAGAAUCAGUAUAACAGCUACAAACCCACCGAUUACAAUGAGAAGAAACCCAACUUCAAGAAUCCAUACGAUUCCAACCAACAACCCGACAUGUUCGGGGAAGAGCAAGGAGAACAGUUCACUCCAUAAGCAUGCCCACACGAAACAAUAUUAAGUAUUUGCUUUUAUAUAUGUUCAAGUGUUUUUGUUUUUGUGAAACUAAGUUAUGACUUAUGAUAUAUGGUUUUAUCACUUAUCAGUCAAAAUAUAUAAUUGUCUGCAUAUAAAAUUUGAAAAGAAUAAAAUAGUUUAUGCUGA